AUGAGCGACACCAGUCAACAUGCACGUUAUGUGGGCGAAGACACCAGGCCUACCAGUCAGAAAGAGCUUUGGGGAUGGUAUAGCUACGGCUGGGCUGCCGAGACGUUCGCAAUCGUGUGCAUGGCGAGCUUCUUGCCCAUCACCCUAGAACAACUUGCACGGGAGAAUGGAGUGCUACUCAAAGACAAGACCACACCAUGCAGCGCAUCCUGGACACCCGGAGCUGUCGAUGAGCUCAAUGCACCUCGACGCAACAGAGAGCUACCUGCCUGCAUCGUACACAUUCUCGGAUCCGAGAUCAACACCGCCAGCUUCGCCAUGUACACCUUUUCCUUAAGUGUCCUAGUACAGGCCCUGCUCAUCAUCUCCAUGUCUGGCGCCGCCGACCAUGGCCGGUUCAGGAAGACCUUUCUGUUGGUCUUUGCUUUUGUCGGCGCAGUUGCGACAAUGCUGUUCAUUGCCGUAGUUCCCAAGCUCUACCUCUUUGGUGCUCUUCUGGCUAUCAUUGGGAACACGUGCUUCGGUGCAUCCUUUGUGCUGCUGAACUCCUUCUUACCGCUGCUGGUCCGGCAUCACCCGUCUGUGCUUCAAGCCCGAUCAGAGUCUCGCGGUCAGGUUGAACACGAUCAAGAUCUGGAUGAAGCGAGGGACGCUGCCGCAGAUGCCACUACUCCGCUCCUGCCAGCUGAUAGACCCGACGGCUCUAGCCCUGGACACCCAAUUCCCGCGGCGGUCUCCCCGGAAUUGAGACUGUCAACCCAGUUCUCCUCUUAUGGCAUCGGCAUAGGUUACCUUGCUGGCCUUGUGGUUCAGUCCGUUGCAAUUCUGAUUGUCGUCGGAACUGGAUCUACAACCUUCUCACUACGCCUUGUGCUGCUACUUGCGGGAGCUUGGUGGUUCGUUUUCACCAUUCCGGCUGCACUUUGGCUGCGUCCACGUGCAGGUCCGCCUCUUCCAGCACAAUUUGCUGGUCGAAGCGCUUGGGUGAGCUAUAUCAUUUACGCUUGGGAAUCACUCUUCAAGACCAUCGGGCGUGCCAGGCGUUUGAAGGACAUUGUGAUCUUUUUAGGUGCAUGGUUCCUACUCUCAGACAGCAUUGCAACGGUGAGCGGUACCGCUGUGCUAUUUGCAAAGACAUCUCUCGGCAUGCACACGGCGGCAUUGGGUCUCAUCAAUGUCAUCGCAACCAUCGCAGGAGUCAUCGGUGCAUUUUCAUGGAGCUAUAUCUCAAGAGCCUUCAAUCUACGGGCAAGUCAGACCAUUGUCGCCUGUGUCUGCCUGUUCGAAUUGAUUCCUCUUUAUGGGCUACUAGGAUUCAUCCCGGCCGUCAAGCAGUGGGGAGUCAUCGGCUUGCAACAGCCGUGGGAGAUGUAUCCGCUGGGAGCAGUCUAUGGCCUCGUGCUUGGCGGUCUAUCCUCCUAUUGCCGAGCUUUCUUUGGAGAGUUAAUACCCCCUGGGUUCGAGGCGGCUUUCUAUGCCCUCUACGCCAUUACUGACAAAGGGUCCAGUAUAUUUGGCCCCGCCAUUGUUGGCGCUAUCACGGACCGUUACGGUGAAAUUAGGCCGGCGUUCGUCUUCUUGGCAAUUCUCAUCGCCUUGCCGUUACCGUUGAUGCUUUUGGUCGAUGUUGACAGAGGAAAGGCUGAGGCUAGUGCAUUGGCGCAGGAGCUUGAAGGAAGGCGAAAGAACACUGAAGGAGCAUCGGAUCUCGGACAAAUUCCGGCCAUCCAUCUCCCAGACGAGGGCAACGACUGA